AUGCGGAGGAGCGCCCAUCCAGGCUGCCGGUGCCCCUGGCCACUGGAUCCCUCCCCCGGCGUCGUCGUUCGAGGCACCGCCGCGGCGCCGUCCCGCUUCUGCCGCCGCGGCCAUCUCCACGACGAUGUGGCAGACCUCCUCUCGGAGCUCCACGUUGAAGGCUGGGCCGAGCUGCCGCUGCCUGGGUCCCCCGUGUGCGCUGCCCGCAUCCUGUUCACUGCCGCAGUGCUGCCAUCGGCGUGCUUCGCGCUACCCUCCACCACACUCCCGGUUGGCACCAUGCCGCCGAUGAUGAUCCCAUGGUGA